GAGGUGGAGCUGUGCCGCAUAAGCAGCCAGGAGAAGCUGGGGCUGACUGUCUGUUACAGAACCGAUGACGAGGAGGACACGGGGAUCUACGUCAGCGAGGUUGAUCCAAACAGCAUUGCUGCCAGAGAUGGCCGGAUCCGUGAAGGAGAUCGCAUUUUGCAAAUAAAUGGCCAAGAUGUCCAGAAUCGGGAAGAGGCAGUGGCAUUGCUCUCCAGCGAAGAAUGCAAGAAAAUCGUGUUGCUGGUCGCAAGACCGGAGAUGCAGCUGGAAGAAGGGUGGCUGGAUGAUGAAAGGAAUGAAUUCUUAGAGGAGUUAAACUUGGAAAUGUUGGAAGAGCAGCAUAAUGAAGCGAUGCAGUACACAGCCAAUGAGGUGGAGCAGCCAAAGAAACAUGAAGAGGAGGAUGGCACUACAGACACUGCAACCUCAUCAUCCAACAAUCAUGAGAAGGACAGUGGGGUGGGGCCUACAGAUGAAAGUCUGCGUAAUGACGAGAGCUCGGAGCAAGAAAAUGCACCUGAGGAGCAGAACAGCGCUACCCUGCAGAGCAAACGGGAGCUGGGCCACAGCCAAGAUACGUUAGGAAGUGUUGAGCUCCAGUGCAAUGAAAGCUUUGUGUCUGGGGAAUACAUUGAGUCUGAUUUCAUAGGAAACCCAGAGGAGGAAUGUGAAAGGUUUCGGCAGCUGUUGGAACUGAAGUGCAAGAUUCGAAACCACGGGGAGUACGACCUGUAUUACUCGAGCAGCACAAUAGAGUGCAACAGAAGAGAGCAAGAUGGAGUGGAGCAUGAACUGCAGCUACUCAAUGAGGAACUGAGGAACAUUGAACUCGAAUGCCAGAAUAUUAUGCAAGCUCACCGGCUCCAAAAGGUGAGGGAUCAGUACGGAGACAUUUGGGCUUUACAUGACGAAGGGUUCAGGAAUUAUAACACCAGCAUAGAUGUACAAAGAGGCAAACUGGAUGACAUCAUGGAGCACCCUGAGAAGUCCGACAAGGACAGCUCCAGCGCCUACAACACGGCCGAAAGUUGCAGGAGCACUCCGCUGACUGUGGAGCGAUCCCCCGAUAACUCUCUCCAGAGGAUGAUCAGCAUAACCAACAGGAAAAACCUGAGGAGCACAAUCGUGGCUAAUCAGUCAUCCUCAGGACAAAGCCACAGGGAGACAACCUCAGCCAAAACCAAACCCACUGAGCAAAACAGUGCUGCUGAGGACGCAGUGCUGGCAUCAGAAAGUGGCAAAUUCACAGACCAGGAAAAGCAGAGCAGUGAGCACAUUCCCUACCUGUCUCCAUAUCACAGCUCUUCUUACAGGUACGGGAAUAUACCUGCUCAUGCGAAGCAUUAUCAAAGUUAUAUGCAACUGAUCCAGCAGAAGUCUGCUGUGGAGUACGCCCAAAGCCAGCUCAGCCUGGUGAGUAUGUGCAAAGACUCGCAGAAGUGUGCAGAGCCCAAGAUGGAAUGGAAAGUGAAAAUAAGGAGUGAUGGGACGAGGUACAUCACAAAGAGACCGGUGCGAGACAGAAUCCUGAAGGAACGUGCCUUAAAAAUUAAAGAGGAGCGCAGUGGGAUGACGACAGAUGAUGAUACGAUGAGUGAGAUGAAGAUGGGUCGCUACUGGAGCAAAGAAGAGCGGAAGCAGCAUUUGGUGCGAGCUAAGGAGCAGAGGAGGCGGCGGGAGUUCAUGAUGAGGAGCAGGCUGGAGUGUCUUAAGGAAAGCCCGCAGAGUGGCAGCGAGGGCAAAAAGGAAAUUAACAUUAUUGAACUGAGUCACAAAAAGAUGAUGAAAAAGAGAAACAAGAAAAUCUUGGACAACUGGAUGACAAUCCAAGAACUGAUGACACAUGGUGCUAAAUCUCCAGAUGGCACAAGAGUGCACAAUGCCUUUUUAUCAGUUACUACUGUAUGAACGCAACUUCUUUCAGAGAGUGUACUACCAGUUUAGGUAGAGUACGAUUGCCUCGUUCAAU